AUGGAUGGUAGGUGGGGCUGGAGCAUAGGUGGGACUGCAGAUGUGACAUUCUUCUUGGUGGUUGUGGUGACAUUCCUAAUUGCUUCUCACAGGGAGCACACCACUUGGCUGCUACCAGAAGCUGAUUGAAUACUAUAAGAAUGGGGAUCUUUCCUUUAAAUAUGUGAAAACCUUCAACAUGGAUGAGUAUGUGGGUCUUCCUCGAGAGCAUCCAGAGAGCUAUCACUCCUUCAUGUGGAAUAAUUUCUUCAAGCACAUUGACAUCCACCCUGAGAACACCCACAUUCUGGAUGGGAAUGCGGCUGACCUGCAGGCCGAGUGUGACGCCUUUGAAGAGAAGAUUCAGGCUGCAGGCGGCAUUGAACUCUUUGUUGGAGGCAUCGGCCCCGAUGGACACAUUGCUUUCAAUGAGCCGGGCUCCAGUCUGGUGUCCAGGACCCGUGUGAAGACUCUGGCCAUGGACACCAUCCUGGCCAACGCUAGAUUCUUUGACGGUGAUCUUGCCAAGGUGCCCACCAUGGCCCUGACGGUGGGCGUAGGCACUGUGAUGAAUGCUAGAGAGGUGAUGAUCCUCAUCACGGGUGCUCACAAGGCUUUUGCUCUGUACAAGGCCAUUGAGGAGGGCGUGAACCAUAUGUGGACUGUGUCUGCCUUCCAGCAGCAUCCCCGAACUGUGUUUGUGUGUGAUGAGGAUGCCACCUUGGAGCUGAAAGUGAAGACGGUCAAGUAUUUCAAAGGUUUAAUGCUUGUUCAUAACAAGUUGGUGGACCCCCUGUACAGUAUCAAGGAGAAGGAAAUUCAGAAAAGCCAGUCUAAGAAGCCAUACAGCGACUAGCUUGUGCCAAGUCACUGAGUAUGUCUGAGGGAGACAAGCAGGUCUUUCUGGAAAUUGUAAGAGAGUAGAAUUAAUUUGUUUCGGUCCGUAUGGUUGCUGCAGAUCCUUGGCUAGGCACAUACUGGCUGGGAGUUUAGCUGUGGGGAACAUUGUAACCUAAGUUUCUCUGGUCCCGCCCAGCCCCACAGUCCUGCAGCCACUUAUAAAA